AUGGAGCAAGUACAACAGAUAUUGCAAGAACUUGAAAUGGCUGGCAGUAUAAUGCUUGCGUCACCUUCACUCGUGACUAAUGACCAGCGUAGUGCUGCUGAAGCAGUAUUUAUGAAUUUUCGCAAGACCAACAUGCCUUAUUCAAUCUGUCGAUAUAUUCUUGAUUGCAGUAAAGUAGAUUUUGUUUUAUUUGAGACUGCGGGGACAUUAAGAGAUGCACUUAUACGAGAUUGGAUUUUGUUAUCACAAGAUCAAAAGAAUGAACUUAGACAAUAUUUAUUUCAAUUUAUUAUGCGUGAUGGUAACAUUGCUCCAUUCGUUAGAGAACGAAUUUUACAGGUCAUUGCAAUUAUGAUUAAAAGAGGAAGUGUUGAAGAUGGUGGUGAAGAAAGAAGUAAUAUUUUAGAUGAAGUUGAAAAGUUAAUUUUCAAUGGUGAUCUAAAGAAGCAAAUUUUGGGUUGCUCUAUAAUUUUGGCAUUAAUGCAAGAAUACUCUACUACAGUUAAAUCUACUGAUGUGGGGCUAACUUGGGAAUCUCAUUAUUCUGCAAAAAAAGAAUUUGAGGCCAGAGAUUUAAGACGUAUUUUUAUAUUCAGUACUCGUGCAUUACAUGAAAUACAAAAUCUUCCUCAACCAUUAUCACCUGAUAUUUUGACCGUUCUUAAACACUUAUUGAAUAUAUGUGAAUCCAUUUUAGUUUGGGGAUUUAUUUCUUCUAAUAUGCCCAAAUAUUUGAUUGGAAUGUUCGAGGGAAUAUAUAAUUCUGAAAAUAGCCCUAUUUUAAAGCUCGGAUCAGACUGGAAAGAUAUCAUAACAAAUCCUAGUACUGUUGAUUUAUAUUUUCAUAUUUAUUGGAUGGUAAGAGAUAAUCCUCAAUUUUCACAUCAUUCUUUGAAUUGUCUUGUACAAUUAUCUUCAAUUAAUGGUAAUAUAUGGACUGAUACAAGUGUACGAAUGAAAUAUAUGGAAAAUUAUUUAGAAAAUUUUAUUAAACUAGUAUCUACGGUAAAAAUUUUAGAUCGUGAAUCAAUAGGAAUUUCUACCAUUAUAAAAAGAAUAAUAAAUGGAUAUUCUCCUUUAGGAUUUCUUCAAUUUCCUCCAGAUCUUGUAAAAAAAUUUUUGGAAAAUACAACUCAUCUUACAUGCCAGUUUGCUGAAGGCGCUGCUACUGAAGAAAAUUUAUCUCAAGAUGAUCAAAUGUUUUUUGAAGCAUUCAAUAAUAUUUUACGACCCUGGGUAUCUAUUAUUGCAAAUAGCAAUCAAUCUUUUCCAGAACAAUUAUGUAAGAACGCAUCCAUACAAAUUUUAAAUACGUACAUAAAAUGUCACAUUUCACCACCAAAUGGUACAAAAACUUUUGAUAAUGAAUUUAAUGAAAAUGAAGAGGAUGAUCGAGUUGUCAACAAAGAACAACUCCAAUAUAUAGGAAUAUUUGGAAGACUUAUUCCAGAACAUUCUUUACCUCUACUAGUAACUUUAAUAGAAGGUCAAAUUAAAGAAAUGAGAACAAUAAUUGAACAUGUGCACAGUAGAGGAAGUUGUCAGUGGCCAGAGUCUUUUCAGCAAAAAAUUGAUGCUGUUAAUGAAGAUAUUCAUUGGUUGUUUCUCAUAGCAGGACAUAUACUCACAGUGGAUAGUGAGGGUGAACCUAGUAUGAUUCCUUCAGAAAUAAUGCAUCAUAGUAUAGAACAGAGUAAAAAUGUUAAUAUAAAUUUAACAUUGAAGUUUCUUACUAAUCAAAUGUUAGUUAUGGAUGUACCUGGCUCAGCAGAAGCUGUAGAUGAUGUUAUCAAACUGGUAUCUAUUGCAUUUCAUCUAUGUGAAUUAGAAAAAAAGUUAAUAGAAGCUAAAAUGGAAAGUCUUUGUAGCCCAUUGUUAAGUGGUACUAUAGUAUGGUUUUUGCGUGAAUUUUCUCAAGCAUACUUGAUGCCAAAUGAGACUUAUUACAAUGAUCUUAGUAUGACAUUAUUGCAAGCAUUUGGUCAACAUACAGAAGCUGCUAAUUGGGUUUUAAAUUACUUGCUAAAUAAAGUUGAACAUAAUAUCAAAUCACCUCUGUAUGCUGAUGUGAGUCUUAUUGGAGAUACAAUUGGAUUAUUAAUAUCUAUGGUAGAUAUUAGACACAAAGCUGAAAUUGUAAUCAAUUGUGAAGGGUUUUGGAAAUUAUUUGAACUUCAAAAGCAAGAAGACCAAUUAGCUCCAGAAGUAAAAGAAGGAUUGUAUAAAGCAUUUUCUUUAGCUGCAGAUGCCUUUAUUGCAAAUGAUAAACAAAAAGAUUAUUGUAAUCGUGUGAUAACUCCAACACUAGAUAAAUUCAAGAAGCUAUUAAGUAAUGACAAUUUUAGAAAAAUUUAUGAUAAUGAUGUUGUAAGAUUAGAAAUUAUGGAUAUACUGAACAAUUGUAUUGGUAUGGCCAGUGGAGCAGUUAUUAAUACCACACCAACUAUUUUUGCUGUUUUACAUCCAAUGCUAAAUGAGUUUUCAUCUUUAAUUGGACUAUAUCAUAACUAUCAAGUUAUUGUUCACCUAAUCAUUCAACUUUUUGUUGAAUUUGCCAAGAAAAUGUUGUGUUUUCUUAGAGUGGAAGAAAGUGAUAAGUUUUACAUGUCUUGUUAUCAAAUGGUGGAUAUGUAUGCUCGCUACAAUAUUAAUCGUAUUUCUUUAGAUUCUGAUGCUGAAGAUCAAUGUUAUCAAGAUCUUUAUGUAUUUUUAGAACUUCUAACCCAUGUUAUGUCAAAAGAGGUUUUAGAUCUUAGCUCUGAUGGAAAAACUACUACCGGAAAGACAGCUGGGGAUGUUUGUGUAUACGGGCUUCAAGUAAUUUUACCGUUGAUGACCAUAGAUCUCUUAAAAUUUCCUGCACUUUGCUUUCAAUACUAUAAAUAUGCUGGAUAUAUGUGUGAAAUGGUUCCAUUGAAAUUAUGCAUUGAAAAUGUUGAUAUUUUUAAAGGAGUUUUGACUACAAUUGAAUUAGGUUUGACUAUGUUUGGCCAUGAAAUUACUCCAAUGUGCACAGAUUUUUUACAAUCAGCUGCUUCGUUUAUGUAUAGACAUGAAAACUGUACUGUGCAUGAAGCAUAUAAUUUGCUAAAGCCAUUUUUAAAUUUUUUGAUGAAACUUAUAUUAUCUUGUCAAAUAAAUUCGGAUGCACUCUCAAGUACUGGUCACGCACUUUAUACAUUAAUAUGUUGUUAUCCGGAGGAAUUUCAACAAAUAUCAAUGCAAUUGAUCAAUGAACAAACUGAUGCAACGGUCAGGGAUAGAUUGCAUAAUGCUUUUACCUUGUUAACAACUGGAAUUGAUUUCAAUGGUCAACAUGCUAUGAAAUGUCGUUUUAAAAAUAAUUUUGAUAGUUUCACAACAAAUAUACGAGGGUUCCUAUUUAUUAAAUAAUAGAAAUAGCGAAGUAAUUAAAAAUAUUUAUUAGUUUGUUUUAAUAUUUUA